AUGACGUCAAAAAGCCAGGUCCGGGUGUGCGCAGUGUCCCUGGACAGCGCACGGUGGCCCCGCACCGCACGAGCACUGCGUCCUGCCCAGCCCAGGGUGCCUGCGUCCGGGAAGUGGAUUCGGCCGGUGCGCAGCUGUCUAAGUCCCCCAGCAGGGUGCAGCCCUCGAGGUCUCCCCGGACCCGGGGUGACACUCUGGCCGCGGGACCUGCCCUAUCCCCGAGGCCGGCUCCUCCGGCUGCUCCUCCUGAUCGUCGCUGCCUGCUCGGGGAUCCUCCUCGCCCUGUACUCCUCGUCGGUGGAGUCGUUCUCGGAGUCCUGGUCCAGAGCCAGGGACAUCAGGACACCUCGAGAAUUCUUUGGACCCAAGGCACCAGAUUCUGGGACCAGAAAGAGCCGGUCCUGCCCACACUCCCUUUCGGAGGCAGUUAGGCAGCACCACUAUUUCCGGGGCCUGUUCGAUUUCUCCACUCCAGUGCUGCUGUGGGGCGGCCUCCUCACCCCAGAGCUCUGGGACAGCCUGAGCCGGCACAAAGCCCCCUACGGCUGGCAGGGGCUCUCCCACCAAGCCAUCACCUCUGCCCUGAGCCUCCUGAACAACUCCAAGAGCGCAGAGCUAUUUGCCGGUUCCAGGGAGCCCCCAGCGAACUGCAUCCGGUGUGCCGUGGUGGGUAACGCAGGCAUUCUGAACGGGUCCUGUCAGGGCCUGAACAUCGAUGCCCAUGACUACGUGUUCAGGCUCAACGGAGCGGUGAUCAAAGGCUUCGAGCGCGAUGUGGGCACCAAGACCUCCUUCUAUGGUUUCACUGUGAACACCAUGAAGAACUCCCUCAUCUCCUAUCGGGACCUGGGCUUCACCUCAGUACCACAAGGACAGGACUUGCGCUAUGUCUUCAUCCCCUCAAGCAUCCGUGAGUACCUGAUGCUGAGAUCAGCCAUUCUGGGUGUGCCUGUGCCUGAGGGCCCUGAUGAAGGAGACAGGCCUCACACCUACUUCGGACCCGAAACCUCUGCCAGUAAAUUCAAGCUCCUGCACCCAGACUUCAUCAGCUACCUGAAAGAAAGGUUCCUGAAAUCAGAGUUGAUUAACAGAGGUUUUGAAGAUGUAUACAUGCCUAGUACUGGGGCCCUCAUGCUGCUCACGGCUUUGCACACGUGUGACCAGGUCAGUGCUUAUGGAUUCAUCACACGCAACUACCAGAAAUAUUCUGACCACUACUUCGAAAGAGAGAAGAAGCCGCUGAAAUUCUACGCAAACCACGAUCUGCGCCUGGAAGCCACCCUGUGGGAGGAUCUACACAAGGCCCACAUCCUCUGGCUGUACCAGCGCUAACUCCGAACUGAGAUUCCUCUGCUCCUCGCAGUGUGGCCCGGGUUCCCUCAAGUGGCCGAAGCCUUUUUCUUGACUUUUCAACUUUGGAGAGGGAUUUCAUGUCCCCAACCCUCGCCUUCCCAGUGGAGGGUACUGAGGCGCUGUCAGAGCCUUGGCUUGUGCAAGCAGCUCCCGAGUCUGAUAGAUGCCUUUCUAUGGCCAUGGGAGAGUGGAAUGCUUUGUUGGACAUCCCCAAGUUGAGAGAGCAAGCAGCGGCCAGCCAUUCCUGAGAUUAGCAGCUCAGAGCCAGCAGUACAGACAUUGGAACAUCCGUGGCCCUUCAGGGCCUAUCAGUGACCAAGACCAAACAGUGGACGCAGGCAAACGCCUCUCCCCAGCCCAACCUUCCCACUGUUCGUCAUCCCACGAAAUGCCAAAGCUACUCAACUCUGGGAAUGUGAGACUCCUGCUUCAUGGGGAAGUGGGAGAGCAAAAAGCAGAGUGUAACAUGAAACUAGCUAGCUGUAUUAAUGAUGGGUGGCCAUUUUGUGUUGUUGGGCAGGAAAAGCCUAUAAAAUGCAGUGUUUGGCAUGGAGUUCACAAUCAGAAGGUGGAAUAAGGGCGGGGGCACCUCCGUGAAAGGGUGCUUGCCUUGGAGGACAAGUUCCAUCUCUAGUGCCAUAAGGGUGGGAGGGAUCCAAGGAGAGGUCCCACUGCAUGAUGGCAUCAACGGCAAGGAAGCCAGCCGGCCACAAGUCCCAGUAGAGAUGUUUAUCACCAAGAUGACAUUACUGGAUACUGAACCCUCACAUCAUGACUUCAAUAAGUGUGAACUUAAGCCAGCUGAUUGGCAGUUUGGUUCAUGGGCUUCACAAUGACCGUUAAGUCUUAUCUAACUGGGUUACACAACCCUUGACCAAGCCUUGCUGGUCACUGGUUUAACGACUAGUGACUGGACAGUUUGACAGGCUACACUGUACAAAGCAGAGGGAGACCUCUCUGGGGAAAGCUUACAGACUUCGCAGCAACAUCAACCCACAUGGGCCACUGCACCAAAGCCCAGGAACCAGCCUCUGAUUCUGUAGUUUUGGCAAGAUGAUUCUAUCAGCUCUUAGGAGACGGGGAUGAACUGAGUCACCAGACAUACUGGAACUUUAAAAACCCAGGAGCAUCUGAUCAACAGAAUGGACAUUUGGGCUUUAAAUACUAAAGCAACUACUUGGGAAAGCCACAGCAUUCCAAAUAGGCAUCAGACAAGCGGGAAACUAUACUUCAGUUACUGGCGUUAGGACCAAGGCUCCCAGCUGGCUUUCCCUUGGUGUCAUCUCCAGACAGCAGCAUGCUCCUUGACAGGUGGUCAGUGCAGGGAAGUGAGGACGUCUGACAUCCCAUCUACCUCUCGGUGAUGGAGAACCCCCGCCACUCGACACGCUUCACUAUCCUCCAUUCCCAUCCAACCUGCACACGCUCUCCGUGCUUCAUUAAAUCUGAAGUAAAAGCAA